AUGGAUCCCGGCGAAGGCGGUUCCCCUGCCGCUCCAUCGACUUCCGUUGCAGCCCCAGCAUUCCGUGCAGGCGCGGACGCGGACACGAGGGAGGACGCCGGGAAGCAGGUGGUGGUGAUUCUCGUCGGCCCCCCGGGCAGCGGCAAGUCCACGUUCGCCGAGGCCGUCAUGGCCGGUGCCGCCGCUGCUGGCCGCCCAUGGGCCCGCGUCUGCCAGGAUACAAUUGGAAAGGGCAAAGCUGGAACCAAAAUACAGUGCUUGAAGGCCGCAGCGGACGCUUUGAAGGAGGGAAAGAGUGUUCUCAUUGACCGAUGCAACUUGGAACGAGAGCAGCGCUCUGAUUUUGUGAAGCUUGGCUGCACGGUACAAGCGGAUGUGCAUGCUGUUUUCUUGGAUCUUCCUGCAAAGGUUUGCAUCUCACGCUCAGUUAGCCGGACUAGCCACGAAGGAAAUGUGCAGGGCGGAAUGGCUGCCAUGGUUGUGAACCGCAUGUUGAAGAACAAACAGGCACCCUUGCUGACUGAAGGUUUCAGUCGGAUCACGUUCUGUACGGAUGACGAUGACAUUAAGAAGGCAGUUGACAUGUAUAGUGCUUUAGGGCCUUCACAUAGUCUUGCUUCAGGAGUAUUUGGUCAGAAGAGCAAAGGGCCCGUACAAACUGGUAUAAUGAAAUUUCUCAAGAAGGCAGAUACUUCUAGCGUCAACAAGUCCAGUGGAACUAUGGUUACAUCAAGUGAAAGAAAGACAGGGCAGCAAAAUACAACGUUGAAACAGGAGAACCUUGAAGCUGGUGGCGCCUGUUCAAUGCAAGUAGAAAAGAAGUUGGAUAACCUGAAGGAAAAAGGAGAACAAAGUAAGGAAAGGGUUUCUUCUGACACCAGUUUGUGCACUCUGGCAUUUCCAUCGAUUUCUACUGCCGACUUCCAGUUCGAUCUUGAGAAAGCAUCUGAGGUUAUAGUAGAUGCAGCUACUGAUUUCGUGCAGAAGCAUGAUAAUGUAAGACUAGUUCUUGUUGACUUGAGCCAAAAAUCAAGAAUAUUGUCAUUAGUCAAGGACAAGGCUGCUAAGAAGAGCUUUGACUCCAGCAGAUUUUUCACAUUUGUGGGAGACAUCACUCAGUUGCACUCCAAAGGAGGUCUUCAAUGCAACGUCAUUGCUAAUGCUGCCAACUGGAGGUUAAAACCUGGAGGUGGAGGGGUUAAUGCAGCUAUAUUUAAUGCUGCUGGAGAAGCUUUACAGCAUGCAACCAAGGAAUGUGCUGACACGUUGAGACCUGGUAACUCUGUUGCUGUUCCACUUCCAUCAACUUCCCCUCUGCAUCAACAGGAAGGGGUGACCCAUGUCAUACAUGUGCUCGGACCAAAUAUGAACCCAAUGCGUCCAGAUUGUCUGAAGAAUGACUAUACCAAAGGGUGUAACGUUCUUCGUGAGGCAUAUAAUUCAGUUUUUGAGAACUUUGCAUCCAUUGCUCGGAGCUACCCAGGGAAGCAGAAUGAUGAAACUUCAUCAAGGAAGUCAGCAUCUGGAGUGAUUUCACCUAAUGAUUCAAAAACGAAGCGAGAGGGCAUCGAUGAUUCUGAAAGGACCAAAAAGUAUAACUCCAUGGGUUCAUCUGAUGCUCCAAACCAAGCAAGAGAGGAAGACAACAAGAAGAAUGGUGGGGUCACCAACAAGACUUGGGGAUCCUGGGCACAAUCCCUUUAUGAGGUUGCCAUGCACCCAGAAAAAUAUAAGAACGCGGAUUCUAUCCUUGAGAUAUCUGAUGAAUUUGUUGUUCUGAAGGACCUCUAUCCCAAGGCCAAAAGGCAUGUGUUGGUGAUAUCUAGGACAGAUGGUCUUGAUUCUCUAGCAGAUGUCAAGAAAGUGCACUUACCACUGCUUAGGAGUUUGCAUUCAGCUGGGCUGAAGUGGGCACAUAAGUUCCUAGAGGAAGACGCAUCUCUGACGUUCAGGCUUGGAUAUCAUUCGGUUCCGUCCAUGCGGCAGUUGCACCUCCAUGUCAUAAGCCAGGAUUUCAACUCACCCAGCUUGAAAAACAAGAAGCACUGGAACUCCUUCACCAGUGCAUUUUUCCUUGAUUCUGUUGAUGUCAUGGACGACGUUGACCAGCAUGGAUCUGCGACUAUCAACCCUGAUGAGAAGCUUCUCGCAAUGGAGCUAAGGUGCCACAGAUGCAGGAGCGCCCACCCAAAUAUUCCCAAGCUCAAAUCCCACAUCGGGGCCUGCAAGUCCCCCUUCCCCUCCCAUCUUCUGAAGGACAAGCUGUUGUCAGUUUCGACGGGGCGCACGGGCUGCAGUUAG